CCUCUGCAGGCCUUUCUUGUACAUGCUACCUCCUGUCAUACCCUCUGCACUCCUUCUCCUGCACAUACUGGAAAAUAUCAUACCCGCUGCACUCUUCCCAUGCACAUACUGCCUGCUGUCUUACCCUUCACAUACUUUUUCUGAAUAUAGUGCCCCCUGUCAUGCCCUCCCACUCCUCUCCUGCACAUACUGCCCACUGUUAUACCAUCCACACUCCUCUCCUGCACAUACUGCCCACUGUUAUACCUUCCACACUCCUCUCCUGAACAUACUGCCUUUCAUCAUACCCUCCACACUCUUCUUCUGCACAUACUGCCCACUGUCAUACCUUCCACACUCCUCUCCUGCACCAUUAUACCCUCCACACUCUUCUUCUGCACAUACUUCCCCCUGUUAUACCAUCUGC